AUGAGUCUCAGGGUGGCUUUCCUGAUUCAUGUCCUGCUGUUUGUUGACGAGGCUGAAUCUAAAAAAGGAGUCAAAUGUGGAGGAAUACUCUCUGCUCCAUCUGGCAAUAUCUCCAGUCCAAACUUCCCAGGCCCAUAUCCCCACAACAUUGACUGUUCCUGGCUAAUUGUGGUAGCAGAGGGCUCAUCCAUCCUCCUCACCUUUAACCACUUUGAGUUGGAGUAUCACGCCAAUUGCGCUUACGACUACAUCAAGAUCUACAACGGCAUAUCUGAGGAUGAGGGGAACCUCCUUGGCACGUUUUGUGGAGACAUCUCCCCGCCUCAGUUCACUUCGUCCUGGAAUGUCAUGUCCAUUAUCUUCCAUUCAGAUCGCCAUGUGGUGUACCGGGGGUUCAGUUUUGGCUACAGAAAAGAUGUGUGUGGUGGAGUCCUCACUGGCCUCUCAGGUGUAAUCUCCAGUCCAGGCUACCCUCAGGAGUACAGCAACAACGCUGACUGCUCCUGGGCCAUCCAUGUGUCCAACGCUAGUGUGGUCACCCUUGUCUUCUUAGACUUCCAGCUGGAAAACAAUGAGGGAUGUAAUUUUGACUUUGUCGCUAUGUUUGAUGGCCCUACAGUCACACACAAACACCUGGGCAAAUACUGCGGGGCUGAUAAACCCCCUAACGCAGUCACAACUUCUAACCAGCUUCUGGUGGUCUUCAAGUCUGACUUCAACAUUGGGGGACGAGGGUUUAAGGCGUACUACUACUCAGGUGAAUGCCAGCAGUUCCUGUCUGCUGUAAGUGGAAACUUCACCAGCCCUCAUUUCCCCAACAUCUACCCAAACAAUAUUAAUUGCCACUGGAGCAUCAUUCUAGGAGCUGGAUACCGCAUCAAACUCUUCUUCCCUGUGAUGGACCUGGAGAACCGCAACAGUCUUUCAGAUGAGUGUGACUACGACUCUGUGGCAGUUUAUGACGGGGACAGCGAGGCGGACGCCCUGCUAGGACGCUGGUGUGGCAGGGAUGAAUCUCCCAUUAUCGUCUCCAAGGGCAACAAAAUGCUGGUGGUACUAAACACAGACAGAAAUGAAGCUCAUAGAGGGUUCACUGCUUCUUAUCUUGGAGUGGUACCUGUAAACGUUAGCUGCACAAGAUCAGAAUUCACCAUUUUGAUAUCCCAGCAGUCCUUACCUCAGAUGGACCGUGAGAGAAUCUACCUGGGAAACCCAACCUGUACGGCCCAGCUAACGGCCACCGCAUAUAAGAUACUUGCUCAGUUUGUCAACUGUGGUACUGCUAGCCAGAAACAUCGGAACAUCACCAUGCUGGUAAACAAACUCUACAUUGAUUUCUCUGACGGGAAACAGCAGAAUGUGCAAGAAUAUAAGUUGCAGUGUGACGCCCAGCGGAAAAUAGCAUACGUGUCCAUCAUCUCAGAAGUGGAGCGUCGUCUGGAGGAGCAGGCCCAGCAAACUCACAGUGACAGUAAUGAAGAAAGCGGGUAUCAGGAAGCUGAGCCUCAUGACUUGAGUGAUAUUGUCUUCAUUAGCAUCUGUGUUCUGGCUGUCAUCCUCAUGGUGAUAGCUAUUGUUUGGCUUGUGCUUCUUUAG